CGUAAUGGAGAAAAGGAAGCAAAACUGGCUGCAGUUCCCGAGUGGCCUUUAGCGUGAAGAUUAAGAGUACAAGAUCGGGCCACGGCUGCUGCACCUUGAUGAGCAGAUGAGUGGCCGAACAGCACACUUUUGGCGGGUUGCCGGCCUCAUUAAGGACAUGAGGAUGGGACACAGAGGGGUGGUGGCAAUGAGGGCGAAAGGAAGGCUUGGGCUGCAGCCUUCUGCCCUAACCCCCCUCUCUACACACCACAUGGCUCUCACGAUGCAGCAGAGGGGUUACAGUGCCACGCCCCCUCCCCAGCGACCUCCAACCUUCCUUGGGAAAAUCAUUGAGAACUUCAGAGAGGAAUUAAACAGAAACCAGAAGAUGAAGGAAAGUUUGAAGGAGUUCAGAAAAGAUAUGGAAAAAUUGGAAAAGUCUGAAGCGUUACAAAAAGUCAGAGAGAAAUACCAGACAGUGGAGGAGGAGACAGCAGAGGGAACAAAGAAGGCCAAGCAACAGUUUUACACCAUCAAGAAGAAAGUUAGCGAGACAAUGGAGGAAGCACACAAGGCAGAAAUUCUUCAAAAGGCAUCCAAACUGACAGAGGAGGCAACAAAGCAAGCUCAGAAAGUUGGACAGACUAUCUCACAGAAGGGUGAAGAAAUCAGCAAGACCCAGACAUACCGCACCAUCUCAGACACUGCCAAAGCUGUCAAGGAGGAAAUAGACCAGUCCACUUUUGGAGGAGCUGGGGCCAGAGUGUACCAAGCGCCCAAGAAGCUGCGCAAAAGAGUAGAGAGAGAUGCUGAUGCAGAGAAGAGAAUUAUUCAGGCAAACACUGAAGCAAGAGGAAUAACACUACAUAAGGAUUCUCAGUUUGCCCAGAGCUGGCAGAACUUUAAGGACAACAACCCUUAUGUCAACAAAGUACUUGUGUGGAAGACAAAGCUGGAUGAGAGUGAACCGCUAGUCCGUGCCUCAGUGUUAAUGAAGGAUAAGAUGUCUGAGCUGUUUGGUGGCGUCUUCCAAAGAACAGAGUUGUCCGAAGCUCUCACAGAAAUUUGCAAGAUGGACCCCACCUUUGACAAGGAGAGGUUCCUGCUGGAGUGUGAAUACGACAUGAUUCCCAAUGUGUUAGAGGCGAUGAUCACUCCUGAUUUAGAAAUUUUACAAGACUGGUGCUAUGAGAGAGCCUAUUCCCUCCUGGCCACCCCUGUCAAGCAAGCCUACGAACUUGGCCUUAAAUUUGAUUCCAAGGUUCUGGAUGUGGACAAUGUGGACUUGGUAAUGGGUAAGGUGAUGGAGGAGGGCCCUGUGCUUGCGGUGUCAUUCCAGUCUCAACAAAUCAUGUGUCUACGGAACAAGAAAGGAGAGGUUGUGGAAGGUGACCCCAGCAAGGUACUACGAGUUCAAUAUGUGUGGGUGUUAUGUCGAGAUCAGACUGAAUUAGACUCCCGCGCUGCCUGGAGGAUACUGGACCUAUCUGCCCAGAGCACGGAGCAGCUGGUGUAACAAAGGACUCCGCUAACAGUGAUUGGUGACUUAAGUGACGUGCGAGUAGGUUUGAAACAUUGCCACUGCGUGAAAGACGACACUGAACUAUGAGGAAUUUGUAAAUAAUCUUCCUUCCUCACCAGAAUAAGUUGUGUUUGAAACUUACUAUUGUGCAUAAAAGAAGAUGCAGCAGAUGAGCCAUUGAAUGAUAGUACAUUUUUCUUACCUGAAUGUAAAAAAGAGAGCUUAUACUCUAUAUUGUUGUUGGUUGAUGUUAAAUUUCUGUCUAUUUUUUUACUAGUUGGUUGAAUAUUAGCAAGUAAUGUAUGUGGCCUUUUUGAAAAUCUGAACCUCUGCACUGACAAACAGACUUGAAGACACACAAGCAGAUACUAUGAUGGGUUAUAAGCUCAACACUUAUUACUUUUUUUUCCACUUAAUUUGUAUUGUAUAUUGUACUGUAUUAUUUAAGUAUAACCAUGUAACUGCAGUUUUAUUUUUAUCAUUUAUUUUAAAGAUUUUUCA